AUGCAUUUACUUAUUAAGUUUAUACCUUUUAAUGCCACAGUUCAUAAAUAUACAAUGAAAAAUUUUUUCUCUCUAUCAAAAUAUUUUUUUAAAGAUGAAAUUUACCUAAACCAUUUUUUAUCUAAAAAGUAUAUGCAUUUUAAUAAAAGAUAUUUUUCAGAACAAAUAAUAAUAAACUCAAUUAGAAAAGCAAAAAAUAAACUAGAUAGAAGUUCUCUGUAUUUACUGCAAGAAGAAAUAAACAAUAAUUGUAAAUUUUUGAAUGAAGAAAAAAAAGCUAAAUACGAAAAAGUAAUUAAUGAAUUAAAUGAUCUAUUAAUUGAUAAGUCUUAUUUGAUAGAAGAAAAAACAAAAAUAUUAAAUCAAAAAAAUUCAAAAAAAUAUAAAAAUAAAGAACUUUUCGGUUUAUUUUUAGCAGGAUUUUUUUUUGCUAUUGGCUCAGUCACCCACUCUAUUUUUUAUUUGGCAAGUAUAUAUGGUCUUUAUAUAUUAAAGAAGGCUUCUAAAGAAAAUGAUAGUAAGAUAUAUAUGGAAAUAAAAUUAAAUGAUAAUAAGAAUAAAUUAAUAAUAAAUAAAAAAAAGAUAGAAGAUCUUUUAAAUGUAUUAGAGGACGAAUUUCAAAAAUUAAAAUAA